AUGAGCAGUUCAAGCGUUUACGAGCCAGAUGAAGACGAAGAAGCGUCUGAUUCCGAUAUCGAAUCCAGGUACUCAAGCACAAAAUUCUCAGCCUCGUCUCUUUCAAUCGAUGACUUUGAACGCCUAGAAUCGACAGAGUCCAAAGACGAAGACGCUCGGGAGGUAAUACCCAGAUCGACAAGAGGGACACGGGCUCAGAUACUGGAUACUUUACGCACAUCACUCGGAAUAGGAUGUGUGGAUGCAUACUCAGUUGAACUUACAGGAACAGCAAACAAUACUUCGUUUUCAACUGUUGGCCGCGAAAAUUACAAUCCCACUCAAAAUGGCGUCGCAAUCUGGACUUCACAAGAGAAGGAGAUUCUGUUCAGCAUGCUCGACAGGAAAGGGAAAAACGGCGUCGCGGAAAUUGCGCAAGCAAUUGGCUCAAAAUCGGAGUUGGAAGUUCAGGAGCAUCUGAAGCUCUUACACAGAGGUCUGGAACGGCAACACGUCCGAGAUUCCCACAGCAGGACCGUCGUCCUCGGCGAAGUUCCAGCAGCACUGGAGAUUAGUCAGGAAUGUUGCAAGGCACUUGAUGAUUACGCUGAACUAUUAGCUCUUGAAGAGCAGCGGGCUGAGGAUGUUGUUGGGAGGAAGUUACAUCAGAACCUGUGGAUCGUCGACCGAGAAGUCGCGGAAAUGGUUGAGGAACAGUUGGAGGAACGAGAUCAGACACCUCUACCCGGCUCAAGCGUAUAUGUCACUGCCGAGAUUUUCAACAUCAAUAAAUGGAUCAGACUAUCUGAAAGGUUCUUCAUGAACGCCGGUGGUCCAAGGUUAGAGGACAACUGGGUCAACGUCGCCUGCGCUGACGAGACCCCUUCCAUAACAGCGGACGCUCUUGCGGAUUUCUACGCUCUGACCGUAAGCGUAACUCGCCGUCUGGUACAUUCUACCCUGUUCUUCGCCAUGUCAAGACUACGGAACAUGAGGGAGACCGGAAACCGCAAAGCACGAAUAGUGAGAUCGCGUGAUGUGAAGACUGCACUGAAUGUGCUCAACAUGCCUCAGGAUCACUUCGACUUUUGGGUGGGGUUAGCCCGGCGGUGCAGCUUGCAAGUUGCAGACCUCCGCCACAAGAAAGGAUGGCAGUCGGAGCUGAUGGAUUACGACGAAGUGGAAGAGAUUCUUUCAGGAAAAGCUCCGGUCGACGAAUCCCUUGAUGCAAGAAGCGCUUCCAGGCGCAGAUCUGAGAGUCACCCUCCGCACGACACAGAAGAUGAUGAUGAUGACGUAUCUGACGUCUAUUCCUAUGCUUCAUCCAUAUUGUCAUCGCCUGAGGUGGCCCCUAUCGAUGAGCCGUCAGUUAAUCUCGAAGAGGAACACGCGGAAGAGAUUGACCAGCUGAACAAUGCCGCAGAAGAACUGCGGCUUUGGAAUUUAAUGGGGCAGCCAGCCCCAGCUAGAAUUUCGUCGUUGGCUUCCAACACAGAGCAAGGUUUCAAGUUGCGCAAGCCGAUUGGCGAGCGCAAGACGAAAGAAGACUUGGUCAAUUGGCGCGACCGGACUUUGUACCGAAGCGACUGGGAGGAAUACGGACACGAGGUUCACGAUCUCUACGAAGAAUUGUCAGAGAAUAGACGAAAAAGGAGGCGUAUUGACAGACACAUGGUCUCGCGAGGAUCUCCCAUCUCAGUAGCCAGUGACAGAGAUCAUGAAGUGGGUGGCAAUGACGAUUCGCAGGGUCCAAGGCAUUACGCUGUUAAGAACCACCUGAGAGCCGAUGAUGACCGAGACAGCGACGAUGCAAUACAGAUUGAAGAAACAAAUGAUGCAAUGGACAUUGAAGGCUCCAAUCACGCGGAGUCGGGUUCUGCAGGCAGCAGAGACUCGAAGAUGAAUAUGGGAACAGAUCCUCUCCAUCAAAGUCAAGAGUUUAGCGAUGGGGAACAAAAUCAUCCUCCUUGGUCUUGGGAACCUGAAGUCAAUGCCACUGCGUCCGAGCAACAAGAUUCAAUCCCGAACAGCAAGGAGGAGGUUGUUGCAGUUGAAACAAGAAAACUGUCAGAUAUUGAAGUCGAGUACGACUCUGAUUCCGAUGCUACCUCUGGCGUGGAGAGCGGCUCUGACCAGAAACGACGUCGUCCCGCGCAAAACCAAGGGGGUGUGCCUGUGAUUGAGAUUGCAGGACCGAGUAUCAAACAUGAGAACUUACAUUUUGAUUAUGAUAGCAACUCGGAGCCUGAGCAGGCGCCCCUUGCCGAUCCCGAGUUCGACGAGGGUAACGACGAUCUCGACCGGAAACCUUCCAUACCCUCUCAACUCAAAACUAGAAACGAAAUAAUACGUGCUAUUGAGGACCCAGCGCCCGUUGUCAAAGAGGAGGACGUGAAAUUUAGCCAGAGCCAAGAUUCUGAGUCGGAGUAUGAGACCGACUCCCGAGCCGGGUCAGACGAGGGGAAACCAAGAGCACAUCUCCGGGCUCCCUCACAACCCCCUAUCAGACUUGAACGUCGACGGAGAGGCACCGAUUCAGAUUCAUACCUCGAUUCCAAUGACUCUGAUAGUGACGGGGACGAGUCGACGAGUCCCCAGCGAGGAGUCAAGCUUGAACCCGACAUGCCAGAGGCGGAUUUAGAUUCGGAGUCGGGCUCGAGUUUCGAUGAUGAUACGAAAGAUAAAGAUGAGAGAUAUAAGAACGAAAAUGAAGACGAUGUGUCUCCCGGCUCGGAUGACGAUCUCCCAUACGAUCGAUAUCAGAAGCGAGAUGAUUCAUACUCGGCAUCGGAAGAUGAGGAUGAGAAGAGUAAUCUGCCUCUUCAUUCUCAGCCCAUGAGCCCGGUUGUUUGA